ACCCGCGAGUAUUUCUACUACGUGGAUCACCAGGGCCAGCUUUUCCUGGAUGACUCCAAAAUGAAGAACUUUAUCACCUGCUUCAAAGACCGGCAGUUCCUGGUCACUUUCUUCUCCCGUCUGAGACCUAACCACAGCGGACGCUAUGAGGCUUCCUUCCCCUUCCUCUCUCUCUGUGGCAGAGAGCGUAACUUCGUCCCCUGUCACCUGCACGCCGGUGACUGAGUGCGCGUGCGCGCAGAGGUGCGCCUUGGGCCUUGUUAGGUUGGCGCUGUCCAAGGUGCUGGUGCGGCCCUGCUUAUCCUUGGUCCCUACAUAAGUCCUCUUCGCCACCUCUAACUCUUAGACCGGCCUUGCAUCCCACGGAUUGGCCUGCGCUGGUCACGUCAGGCUGAGCGGCUGGGGCAAGGCGCGCGUGGGCCGGUGCGCGUGCGCGCCCACCCCCACCCCCCGCCGCUUCUCCAGCCUGGCAGCCGCAAGCACCGCGGGGAGUCGCUCGCCACUGGAGCAGGUGAGGGGAAUCCUGGCCCAAGGUGACCAGGCUUGGGGGCGGGAUCCGGACCCUUUAGGUUCCGACUUUAGCACCAAGGAAAGGUCAGAAGAUCUGGCAGCCGGGAGGGGAUGGAAACCACGCCCUCUAUGAGCAGGCUCGGACCUACUGGAGCGUGAGGGGGAGGUUAGGGUUUAAAGCGCCUGGUCGCAAGGACUGCCAGAAACCAGCUGGGGCUUCGAGCUGCGCCAGAGGGAGGACACAGGGCUCCUCUGCACCCACCCUCUUCCCUCCUAGAUGAGCCCCAGGAGACUGACGCCCCACUCCUGCCUAGGAUUAGGGAUUCAUGUCCUGAUAAAAGGAUUUCUGGGCUCAUCUAGUAAGGGGCCCUCAUCCCUGUCAUGGCUGUCUUGCACGGAUGCACAUCUGGGCGACUGCAUGAGCAGCUGCUCUGAUCCCUAAUGUACAGAUCAAGGCUUUGCUACUGAAGGCUGGACAGAUGCACAAGGCCUGGAGCCAGGGACCAACCAGUCAUUCGUGCUCCGGGAAAUUAAACCUAGGAGCCUAGCAAACACCCGUUUCUUGGGGCUCCACAGGUCCUGAAAUAUCUAGGAACUGCCUUUGCCUGUGCCAAAGUUAUUCCAUUAAAACUUUACUGCUAAGCUGCCUCA